AUGUUCAUCAUCAACUGGUUCUGGGAUAUCCUUGCGCAGCUGGGUCUGACGCACAAGAAUGCCAAGAUUCUUUUCCUUGGUCUUGACAAUGCCGGAAAGACUACGCUGCUGCACAUGCUCAAGAACGACCGUCUUGCUACGCUCCAGCCCACGCUCCACCCUACCUCGGAGGAGCUUGCUAUUGGCCUCGUCAAGUUCACCACGUACGAUCUCGGUGGUCACCAGCAGGCGCGCCGUCUCUGGAAGGACUACUUCCCCGAGGUCGACGGUAUUGUGUUCCUGGUCGACACCCAGGACCAGGAGCGUUUCCCCGAAGCCCGUGCAGAGCUCGACCAGCUCCUGGCCAUUGAGGAGCUGAACAAGGUGCCUUUCCUUGUGCUCGGCAACAAGAUCGACGCGCCGGGUGCCGUGUCGGAGGAGGAGCUCCGGCAGGCGCUGGGUCUGUACCAGACCACUGGCAAGGGCAACGUCCCUCUGAAGGACAUCCGCCCCAUCGAGGUGUUCAUGUGCUCGGUUGUCAUGCGCCAGGGCUACGGUGAGGGCUUCCGGUGGCUCUCUAGCUACGCACAUAUCAUCAUGGUCAGCUCCUCGCGUCGUGUCAACCGUAAGGCCCACUUUGAUGCCCCGGGCCACAUCAGGCGCAAGAUUAUGUCGGCUCCCCUGAACAAGGAGCUGCGCACUGAGCACGGCGAGCUUACUCUACAGAUCCGCUCGCUCCCCAUCCGCAAGGACGACGAGGUGAUUGUUGUCCGCGGUGCCUCGGUCGGCUCGGAGGGCCGCGUCGUCCAGGUCUACCGCAAGAAGUGGGUCAUCCACCUCGAGCGUCUCCAGCGCGAGAAGACCAACGGUGCUACUGCUGCGAUCCCCAUCCACCCGUCUAACGUUGUGAUCACCAAGAUCAAGGAGGACAAGGACCGCACUGCUCUCAUUGCGCGCAAGUCGGGCAAGAAGGCUGAGGAGGCCAAGGCCUAA